AUGGAAGAAGACAACUCGUGGGUUUUUGAUUCGCUAGUGACUUUUCUAAAUGGUCCGAUAUGGAAUGCACCUCUGCAGAGUUUCAUCGAAGAGAAAUCUUUAAUUUUUGAACCUAACGCUGAAGAUAAUGAGGAAUACCAAAAAAUUUUUGAAGAAUUUAAGAACCUGGUAGACUUCAUGCUUGGGACAUUUAUGGAGGACAUUGGAAUCACUAGCGAACAGUUUGAGAAUGCUUGUAAAGAAAGCAAAAAGUACCACGUUGCUUUCGAUCCGAAUUCCUUUGAACAAGUUUGGGCAGCAAACGAUUAUGAUAUGUUUAAAAAGAUGAUGGCUCAACGAAACGUUGAAUUACAACUUCAAGCUUUAGAAUUAAUAGAAAGAAAGUGUGGUAGAACCCCUCAGUCCUUUAUUCCUACGAGUAAAACAGAAAACGUCCAAGAAAUACCAGUUACAAUAGAAAAAUCUGUAGAUCUGGAACACAAUGUAAUGGAGGAAGUAUCAAAGCACUUAGAAGCUAUUUUUACGAAGACAAAGUCUGAGGACCCAAUCCCUCAUAAUAAAGAGGAUGAAUUGAGAAUUCACGUCUCAAAAACAAAACAGAUGCUUAUAGGCAAACAACCAAGUCACUUUAUAAAUGAAACGCCUAAAAUUCCACAAACUAGAGAAACAGCUCCAGUUAAAAAAGAAGAAAACAUUGCUGAAGAAAAAGAAUCUCUUAUAAAAUUAGAAAAUGAGAAAAAGAAGGAUAGUGUAGAUCAUUAUCAAAGCACUAGAAACGAGAAAGCGGUCAUCUUUAGAUAUUGUAGUCAUAACUCGCCCUGA